UUUUUCUUUCAUAGGUUCUAGGUGAUCUAAGUACAUUAUGUUGGAGAGAGAACAGUCUAUCUGUCGAGUCGCGUCGUGAGGAUUUGGUGCGAGUGAUUUACUCAUCCAUCAAUUUUAAAGACGUGAUGUUAGCGACUGGUAAAAUCUUUACCCAAAGUAACCCUCGAGGACGAUUAUAUCAAAAUAUACCCCUUGGACUGGAGUAUGUCGGAUUCGAUACUGAUGGGCAACGUGUAAUGGGAAUCUGUGAAACUGACUGUAUAGCAAACGUUAUUGUAAAAAACAAAGAGUUCUGCUGGAAGAUACCUGAUGCAUGGACAUUUGAAGCAGCGGCGACAGUUCCAUCGGUAUACAGUACAGUUUACUUAGCCUUGUACGUUCUUGGAAAAAUAAGAAAAGGCAAAAAGAUACUUAUACACUCUGGUACUGGCGGCAUUGGACAAGCAGCCAUUCACCUCGCUCUCAAAGAAGGAUGUGAAGUGUUUACCACCGUGGGUACAAACGACAAACGGAAUUUUAUUAAGAAGAUAUUUCCGACCAUUCCGGAGAAUCAUAUUGGAAAUUCAAGGGACACCAGCUUUGAACAAAUGAUAAUGCGAGAAACGAAUGGUCGCGGCGUUGAUAUCGUGUUAAAUUCAUUGUCGGAUGAAAAGUUAAUCGCAUCUGUUCGUUGUUUAGCACAAAAUGGUCAAUUUCUGGAGAUUGGCAAAUUUGACCUUAUUUCUAACAAUCCUCUAGAUAUUUCUCUGUUUCAUAAAGGUAUUGCAUUCCAUGGCGUUUUCUACGACCAACUGUAUAGUAGCAAUCACAAGUACAAAUCACUAGUGCACAAAAUGGUAGCCGAUGGUCUUAGAGAUGGAACCAUCCAACCAAUUCAAGCAAAAAUUUUUCAGAAAACAGAAAUCGAAGAAGCCUUUAGGUACAUGGCAAGUGGAAAACAUACGGGAAAGAUAAUUAUAAAUAUACAGGAACCGGAUAAACCUUUAGACAAGCCCAUUUUUGCAUAUCGUCGCUAUUACUGUCUCAGAAAUAAAAAUUACAUUAUACUAGGAGGUUUAGGUGGAUUUGGUUUAGAGUUAACCAACUGGCUGAUACUUCGAGGCGCCAGAAAUGUUGUGCUGAUAUCGCGAACUGGAAUAAAAAACGGGUAUCAACGCAUGAAAGUUCGCCUUUGGAAGUCGUACGGUGUAAAUGUGCUGAUCGUGAAAGACAUCAAUGUCGCUGAUCCCAAAGAUUGCGAAUACCUCUUGCAAACUGUCGAAAGGGAUGCACCGGUGGACGCGAUAUUCAAUCUCGGAGUGGUGCUGAAGGACGGCAUCUUGAUGAAUCAAACCGCGAAGACUUUCACGGAAUCCUUCCAAUCGAAGGCUCGUGCAACACAGGCAUUAGACAAACUUUCCAGAAAGAUCUGCCCGACACUGCGGCACUUUGUAGUGUUCUCUUCCGUUUCUUGCGGCAGAGGAAACGCUGGACAGACUAAUUAUGGCAUGGCCAACUCCAUCAUGGAGAGAGUGUGCGAGAAAAGGGUAGAGGAAGGAUUACCCGGACUGGCAAUUCAGUGGGGAGCCGUGGGUGACGUGGGUCUGGUCGCUGACAUGCAGGAAGAUAAUAAGGAACUGAUUAUCGGCGGCACUUUGCAGCAAAAAAUAUCUAGCUGUCUCGACGAGCUUGAUAACUUUUUAAUUCAAAGCCGACCAGUUGUGAGUAGCAUAGUCGUAGCUGAAAAGAAAUCGAUAUCUCUCGGGCUUGGGAAUCUGGUAGAAACUGUCGCCAAUAUUUUAGGCAUCAAAAGUAUGAAGAAUGUGAGUCCAACUUUAUAUUUGCCCGAACUUGGAAUGGACUCCAUGAUGGUCGUGGAAAUUAAGCAAACUCUGGAACGCGAAUUCGACAUAUUUUUCUCUGCGCAAGAGAUACGAAAUCUUACUUUUACCAAGCUCAGUGAGAUAUCCAAUGCAAGUGCAGAUAAUACGCAGGAUGUAAAUAAACUGGAUAUUGAGCAGCGAAACUUGAAAUUUUUAAUUGGUGUUAUAAAAGACAAAGAUUUCAUUUCAGAAACUUGUUUAGAUUUCUCGACUAAAAGACAGAAAACUACAACCGAAGUAUUUCUCAUACCAGGUAUCGACGGAUGUGGAACUGUAUUCAGUCAUUUAGGGCCAAAUAUUAACUUCUCAGCAAGGGCCCUGUGUCAUUAUACAAACAACAUCGAUGCUACAGACAUUAUAUCAGAAACGAGUGAUCAUCUUAUAAACCAUAUAUUACCAAAACUGACAGCUGGAAAAGAUUUCAUAAUGGUAGGGUACUCCUUCGGGUCUAUUAUCGCAAUUGAACUAACGAGGAGAUUGGAAGCUAUGAAUUUUAAGGGACGGCUUAUUCUCAUCGACGGUGCUCCUGAGCAAUUACGAACACUAUACCAAAAGUACAGUGUUGCAAGUUUGGAUAAUACAGACUUCCAGAAUAUUGUUUUAAUCAAUAUUAUGGAAAUUUAUUCAGCAGGAGAUACUGAAAAAAUUCUAACGGAACUGAAGAAAUAUAAGACCUGGGAAGAGAAAUUUAGUAUCUUCGCCAAAGAAUUUUUAGCUACGAACACGUCUCUCUCACUCGAAAAUUUAAAAACACUGUGCACGACAGCUUAUAAACAUGCAUCAGCUAUUCCGCAAUAUGAUUCUUCUACGCUGACACCUAUAAAGUCUUCCAUAAUGUUGUUAAAAGCUACGAACCCGUUGCUUAGAUCCGUGAUUGAAGAGGAUUAUGGUUUGCAGAAGAUAACUCAAAAUGUGGUGAAAAUACAUUCCAUUGAGGGUACUCACGUGACAAUAUUAAACAGUGAGAAAAUAACAGCUGCGAUUAAUGGAGAGCCGCCAUUUGCAAUGAAUACAUAAUGACUGUCUCUUCGGGACUCAAUCUCCAAAUUCAUAAUUCAAGUAUAUGUAUAUGUACAUAG